CCGACUGAGCAGGCGCUGUGUGUGUGUGUGUGUGUGUGUGUGUGGUUUCCGCUCACUGUGUCCCAGCUGUAAACAUGGCGGAGGAGCUGCUGGAGGCGGUGGAGAAGUUGCAGUCACGGCUUUCAGAAAACCAGGAGCCCCGUAAGCUGUUGAAAACGCUUAAGAGAUUGGGAGACCUGCCCAUAACGGUGGACGUUCUUGUGGAAACAGGUGUUGGAAAAACUGUCAAUUCUCUUCGCAAACAUAACCUUGUUGGGGAGACAGCGAAGGAUCUCGUGGCCAAGUGGAAGAAGCUGGUACCACAGUCUGCAGAUAGCAGACCUAGCAACACUAAAGAGGCGCGCUCGCAUUCGCGGCCAGACAAAUCCAGAGGUUACAAACGCCCCAGAGAACCCUCACCAGAGCCACCGCCACCUGUAGAGGAGGAAGAAGAUGAAGAAGAAUAUCAGCAAGAAUACUCCCCCUCUUCCCCACAGCUCUACAGUCACGGAAAUGAAAGGGAUUAUCAAUCGGAGGAAUACGAGAGUCCGGUAGAUGAGCCAGUGUCUAGUCCUCCUCAAAAACAGACUGGACACAGCAAGCCACACAGGGAGCAAACAAGAGAACACAGUGGUUCUCAUUCCUCCAGGGACCAUGAGAGGCGGAAUCGCACGGCCCAGCUUCUGAGCGAGGCACAAAAUCGCCAUGAUAACAGGGCACAGAAAGAAAGUACGACGCACACAUCGUCCAAGCGCAAUCAUCACUCGUCUGUACAGGAAAAUAGAAAAGAGAAGAAAGUCAGAGUCAGUGAUGGCAGAGAAAAAAGAGACAAGCCAGAGCCUGACCAACACGAUGACUACGACGAUGAUGAAGAGGCUACCUUUGAAACUCCUACUAUGUCUUUUGAAUCCUUUCUCACAUAUGACGAACCAACUCACAGUAAGAAAAAGAAGAAGCCCUCUCGACCAUCUCAGCCUGUUACCCCUCCUGCUCCUUCAGUAUCUUCUAAGUCUAGUAAAUCUAACGGGACUAGCGUUAAACGGUCUGAGUCAGCUACCGCAUCAGUAUCCACACCCACAGUGCCAGAGAAACGCAGAAAGGUUCUCCCUCAGAUAGUUGAUGUGGUGCCCACUUUACCAGACAUUCCUUUGCCAGCAAUUCAACCCAACUAUAGACCCCUGCCCUCAAUAGAUUUGACGCCAUUGUCCCCGCAGAGACGCAAAGUUCCCAUAGCAUACGAUGAAGAGGACGCUGGCUUCACUGGGAGGCGAUUCAACUCCAAAAUGGUGGUGUACUCUGGCUCAAAGACAUCAUGCUUGCCCAAGAUGAUGACCUUAUAUGAGCAGUGCAUUAGAGUUCUGCAGAACAAUAUCGAUUCUAUCGAUGAAGUGGGUGGUGUGCCUUAUGAGAUUCUGGAGCCAGUUUUGGAGAGAUGUACUCCAGAACAGUUGUACCGCAUCGAACAGUGUAACCAGUCUUUUAUAGAGGAAUCGGAUGAUCUGUGGAUGCGGCACUGCCAGCGGGACUUUAAGCGCGAGACUCCUCAGGAAUAUGAGUCCUGGAGAGAGCUGUAUCUGCGCCUACACGAUGAACGGGAAGAGCGCCUGCGCAAGCUCACACAGAAUAUCAGCUCCGCCCAUGCAAAUAAACCCAAAGGUAGGCAAGUAAAGAUGGCUUACGUGAACUCUGUUGCCAAGCCCCCUCGUGAUGUCCGGAGGCGGCAGGAGAAGUUUGGCACUAAAGAUGGCUCUACAAGCAGCAGCACUAGUGCUGCGGCACCCAUUCCAAUCAGGAUCAGAUCAGUGCCGUAUAGCUCCCACAGUCAGUCGAGCGAUGGUGGCCAGUCUUCCUACAGCAGUCCUCCUGAGCCAUCACAUUCUAAUGCUCCAAGCAGCAGUGUUGGCCACAGUUCCAGAGACAAACCACAGGUCAAAAAAAUUGCCCCUAUGAUGGCUAAAACUAUUAAAGCCUUUAAGAACAGGUUUUCUCGGCGGUGAAGGAUGAAGAGGAAAAAAAAGUUUGUCUCAUCAGUAAAGAGUCCAUUCUUAUUUUAAAAUAAUGUUUAAAUCUACAAUGCCCUAGGGUCCUCUUUUUUUUUUUUUUUUUUUUCUUUCCAAAAUUGUGGAUAUGCAGAUCACUGGAAAACAAAAAAACAAACACAAAGACAUGCCAUAGGAUGAGUUCCUGUUUCUCUCUUUCAGAAGAAUUACAUUCUGUACAGUACACUACAAUGGGACAUUGGAUUUUAGCUGUUUUAAUUUUGGUUAUUUAAUGACCGUUGCAAAGACAGAAUAUCUGCAUUUUUCUUUUAAUAAGGACAGAACAUCCAUAACAAUGUGAUUUGUAAGUGUUUGUUGCUUUGUUUUAAGUUGAUUCAGGAUCAUGGAAACAUGUAUGUUAAAUAUUGGGAGAGAUUAAGAGGGUUUGUGUCAAUGAUAAGGACCCGACAUAUCGACUCAACUAUUUAUUUUAAAUCCAUCGCCCUGGUUUCCCUGAGGUUGGGCAAAUGGAAUUUCAGGAUUAAGAUCAAAAUAAUAACUUUAAUGCAUUUUAAUAAAUGUUAUAUAGACGUUUUUAAUAAAAUGUACAUUUCCCCCUUA